CACUCUAAACAACAACAGCGUGUGCGAAGGCCCAGGGGCGCUGAGGGAUUGACCAAGAGGAAACACGUGUUGCACAAUGAUAGGAUCUUGUUGGUACAGUUGUCAGAGAAGGGAACUCCCACAGCAAAGGGCAUAAAACCAUCCAGGGCAGUCCGGGGCGGCUCAGUUUUGCGGUGUCAGGGAGCGGACCAGAGCCCAGCCCUGCCCCGGACACAGAUGGGACCAUGAGCUCCCGUUACAGCUUCAGCCAGACCCUCUCAGGCUCCCUCCACGGAGCCGCAGGCGGCUGGGGCUGGCCAGGGAGCUUUCCCCGGGCCCCCAGUGUCCAUGGGGGUGCAGGGGGUGUCCGCAUCUCCCUUUCCUUCUCCUCGCCACGGAGCUGCCCACCCCCAGGCGGGUCUUGGGGGUCUGGAAGGGGCAGCUCUCUCCUAGGCGGAAAUGGGAAGGAGACCAUGCGGAACCUCAACGACCGCCUGGCCUCCUACCUGGACAAGGUGCGCGCCCUGGAGGAGGCCAACGUGAAACUGGAAAGUUGCAUCCUGAAGUGGCAUGAGCAGAGAGAUCCUGGCAGCAAGCAAGAUUACUCCCAGUAUGAGCAAAGCAUCAGCCGCCUACAGCAGCAGAUAGCAGAUGGCAAGAUGACCAAUGCUCAGAUCAUUCUUCUCAUUGACAACGCGAGGAUGGCAGUGGAUGACUUCAGCCUUAAGUAUGAAAAUGAACACUCCUUAAAGAAAGACUUGGAAAUUGAAGUUGAGGGCCUCCGAAAGAACUUGGAUGAUCUGACCAUCAUCACAACGGACCUGGAACAGGAGGUCGAGGGGAUGAGGAAAGAGCUCAUCCUCAUGAAGAAGCACCAUGAGCAGGCAAUGGAGGAACAUCACAUGCCAAAUGACUUCAAGGUCAACGUGAAGGUGGAUGCAACUCCGGGAGAAGAUCUGAUUAAGGUCCUGGAGGAUAUGAGGCAGGAAUACGAGCUUCUAAUUAAGAAGAAGCAUCAAGACUUCGACGUGUGGUAUAAAGAGCAGUCAGCAGCCAUGGCCCAGGAGGCGGCCAGUCCAGCAGCUGGGCAGAGUGGCCAAAGUGACAUCCAUGAGCUGAAGCGCACUUUCCAGGCCCUGGAGAUUGACCUAGAGACACAGUACAACAAGAAGUCCGCCUUAGAGAAUAUGCUAUCGGAGACCCAGUCCCGGUACUCCUGCCAGCUCCAGGACAUGCAAGAGAUCAUCUCCCACCACGAGGAAGAAUUGGGGCGGCUACGUCAUGAACUGGAACGUCAGAACAAUGAAUACAAGGUCCUCCUAGGUAUCAAAAGCCACCUAGAGAAGGAAAUCGCCACCUACCGCCAGCUCCUGGAGGGAGAGAGUAGAGGGUCAAUGGAAGAAUCUAAGUCGAGUGUGAAAGCUCCAAAGAUCAAGGCCAUCACACGAGAGAGCGUCAAUGGAAGAAUAAUUCUUUCUCAAGUGAAUGAGCUCUAAAAGUUCACAUGAGACCAAUAAAAGUUUCUGCCUGUGGUGAAAACUAACUUCCCCCAAAGGAAAGUCCUUGCUCAGACACAAAUGGGUGAAUUCUAAGAGGUAUCUUUGGAGUUACCAGGCUCAGAAACUUUUUUUUUUCUCUAUAUCACUCUCACCAGACAUUCCAUCGUGAUAUUAAUAGACCGAUGCACUUUUUCAAAGUAGGAGUGCAUGAGCUUAAAGCACUACUCUCCUACUGCAAUGAUCCAAGUCCCAUCAUUACAGCUCUAUUUUGUAGCCAAUAAAACGCCACACCAGUUGCA